GCGGGCGCGCGCUCGGGAGCGGAGCCCCCGCGGCCUGGGGCGGCCCGCACGGGCACAGGGGCCGGGGCUGCGCGGCCGGCGCUGGUCCGCGUCCCGGGGGCGCGAUCCCGCAGGCCCCGAGGGGACGGCGCUGCCCGCGCCGCGAGCGCAUCCCCGGCGCCGAGUCUGCGCCCCAGGCCGCGGGGGCCCCGGAGCGCCGCUGGCCGGCUCGGUCGUCAGGCCCAGCCGGAGGACCCAGCGGACCCCGGGGAGGCCCCGGUGUCAUGGGAGAGAGCCGGGCGCCCCACCACGCAGAUGGGGGUAGGACAGCUCCCCGCCUGCUCCGCCGGAUCCUGGCUCUGCGCUCCGGUGUGGGCGUGGCUACGCAGGUGCGUGGUGUCCACUCGAGUGUGGCCGCUGACAGCCCCAGCAGCACCCAGCCCGCUGCGUCCACAGCUGGAGCUGUGCUCCCCAAAUCUGCCGCCCUUCCCAGCAGCCGGGGCGAGUACGUGGUGGCCAAGCUCGAUGACCUCGUCAACUGGGCCCGCCGGAGCUCCCUGUGGCCCAUGACCUUCGGCCUGGCCUGCUGCGCGGUGGAGAUGAUGCACAUGGCCGCGCCGCGCUACGACAUGGACCGCUUCGGCGUGGUCUUCCGCGCCAGCCCGCGCCAGUCCGACGUGAUGAUCGUGGCCGGCACGCUCACCAACAAGAUGGCCCCCGCGCUCCGCAAGGUGUACGACCAGAUGCCCGAGCCGCGCUACGUCGUGUCCAUGGGGAGCUGUGCCAACGGAGGAGGCUACUACCACUACUCAUACUCCGUGGUGAGGGGCUGUGACCGCAUCGUGCCCGUGGACAUCUACGUCCCAGUGCCCCCACAGGAAGCCCAACCUGAGCCCUGGCAAGGCGAGUUGAGUCGAGGACACUCGAGGCGCCAACUCCAGGCUGCCCGGGAAGGUUUAGGCUGCCCGCCCACGGCCGAGGCGCUGCUGUACGGCAUUCUGCAGCUGCAGAGGAAGAUCAAGCGGGAGAAGAGGCUGAGGAUUUGGUACCGCAGGUAGCGCGGCCCGGCUCCGGCCCCGCUCCGGCUCCCGCGGCUCCUGCCGCCUGCCCCCCCCCCACCCCGCUCUGGUCAAUAAACAGACAGAACUCCA